GUCUCUUUUCUCUCGUUUGGUUCAUCAUGUCCUGUCAAACUGAAACACGUCGCAAUCGCCGUGGUCGUAGUCACAUGCAGACGUGAAACAAGGCAGCUGGCACUCGUAGUCGCCGAGGAAAUGACGGUAGCAAUCGGGGGCACACGGAUUGAUACACGACGCCUGGAACGUCUCGACGUACGCUUGGCGCUGCCUGGCAUCGACAAAGUCGGGCACAGUCGGGUCGUCGAGGGGGUUCCCGCACAACAGAACGGUCCGACUCGUCUGUUGAAGCAAAUUCCACGGCGCUUUCGUCAUGUGAUUCCCCGACACGUCGACGACACUGAGGGAUCGCAUGCCUUGGAGAGCGUUCGGCAGGGCCGUGAUGGCAUUGUGGUACAGAAACAACCUGUUCAGGUUCAUGUGAGCGAAAACGGUGGUCGGCAGCGACGAAAUCGAGACGUUGGUCAGGCACAGCCGCGUUAGGGUUUGCCACGUCGCCGGCACCUCGAACGGCUCGACGAGGGGCAAGUUGGACAACGUCAUCGAGACCAACACGCGUGGCAACUGGCCGAGCAACAUCGUCGGGACCACGGCCAUCGGCAUGUUUCGAAACACCACAACGCUCAUGAACGGAGGCAACGACGCGUCUGGCCACGACGACGUGUUGGUGAACUUGACGCCGAGGUAGUACAGAGACGGAAACUGGUGCAGCGUUUGAUUGCGCAGACCUGUGGGCAAGUCGCAUCGGCUGAUGAGAAUCGCCAGCACGUUCGAUCCGAGGUCCGACGCGUGCAGCGCCGUCUCGGCGUCGGCGAUCUUUAAAACAGCGCAGUUGACAUGCACGUAGCUGCACUGGCAUCGCGUAUCCCACAAUGGCCGGGUGAACAGCACGCAGGACACCGGGCACGCGUCGCGGAACCAAGCGGCAUGACCCAGAGACACCAACAAGACGACUCCCCACGUCGCACUGCACGUCAUGUACAGUUUGACCCAUCCACGCACGCCAAAGUGUUUCAUCUUGGACGAGGCCAGGUUGCUUGAGGUCUGCUUUGUCAGACGUCGGCCGCGAUGGAGGGCAUUUGUGGCCAGCCCGAGGGACGUGACGAGGCGCCACAGCGACACAAUCGACCCGAGAUGGAUCGCACACUUGGCGACCCCGUCCGGAAUCGACGUGACCAUGUUGUGCCGUGUAAACUGCACGCCACGGACGAGGGCGAUGGGAUUGCGGGCCAUGUUUGGAUUGUACACGACGUACCGGACCAACGGGAUGAGAUAUGCCACGAUGUGGAGCAGGCUCGACAUGACGAAGCUGCACACGCUGGACGUCCAGUUGACCAUGAUGAUCUUGGUCGUCUUGUGGGCUGUCAGGAAGCAAAGCGGCGUCACGAUGGCGUGCAGCGCCACAAACACCACGAAGGUCGCCACGGCCGUGUGGUCGACGAGUUGAUGCGAGAUUGCAAACGCUUCGUACGUCUGGCCCGCGAGCUCGAUCAAGUUGUAAGCUACCAUAAAGUUGUCGCUUCCAAGCCACGCAAGGGCCUCGUUGAGUCGUCGGUCAAGCCAAGCUAAUUUGGCCGGCGAUAGCCACUGGAGAUGCCGUGUGUUGUUGGCAAGCAGGUUGCGGUUAGUAAGCUUUCGUCUGUUGGUGGGAAAGCAGGUGCGCACGAAAAGGAGGAUGUGGAGUCCAGCCAGCGUCAAGUACGCUGCGCUCGUGCCGGGGAUGUUGAUCACUCGCGUCACUUGUCUCUCCGAGUCAUCGAGCUUGUAAAUGAUGGCGACUUGAACCACCAAAUACAGCGCUGACACGACGUGUUUGGUCAUUGCAUAUGCAAUGAUCCACCGUCCAAGUCGAACGGGUAGGUCCAUCUCGGUGAGUUCGACCGCAUGGUCCAGCGGGACCACAGCAACUUGCAUCCCCACUUGCGAACAUA